ACGAAUUAAAAAGAUUUUUGCUGGCUCGUAUCAUAAUUUUGCAGUUAAUGAUGAUAACAUUAUUUACACAUGGGGACUAAAUAACUAUGGCCAGUGUGGUAUUGAAUCAUCAGAUUCUUAUAUUUUACAUUCUACGAAAGUAGAAUUCUUCCAAAAUUUUCACAGAGUAAAACAAAUCGCUGCAGGAAUGCACCAUUCAUUAGCACUGCUAGAAAAUGGUAAUUUAUACAGUUUCGGCCACGCUAAUUAUGGGCAACUAGGUAUCGGUGAGGUAUCAACUGAUAAGGUAUCUAUGCCUAUUCAUAUUACAAAACUUGUUAAUUGUCAGAAAAUUGCAGUUGGUAAUCAUCAUUCUUUGGCAGUCAAUGAAAAAGUUCAUAUGUGGGGCUUUGGCGAAACUUAUGCUUUGGAAGACACAAGUGGAGAGAAUAAAAAAUUUCUAUUUGAAAUCAAUUGCACAGAGAUUGGAAAUAAAAUUUUAUCAAUUUGUGGAGGUUCCCAAUGCUCUGUUAUAUUGUCUCAAUUCAACGAUUAA